AUGCCUAAGAUAAAGACGAGCCGUGUGAAGUAUCCUGAAGGAUGGGAGCUUAUUGAACCAACUCUCCGUGAUUUGGAAGCCAAAAUGAGAGAAGCUGAGAAUGAUACACAUGAUGGGAAGAGGAAGUGUGAGGCUCUCUGGCCAAUCUUCCGUAUUUCUCACCAAAAGAGCCGUUAUAUAUAUGAUCUCUACUAUCGAAGGAAGGAGAUAAAAAAGGAGCUGUAUGAGUUUUGCUUGGACCAAGGUUAUGCAGACAAAAAUCUGAUUGCUAAGUGGAAAAAGCCAGGUUAUGAGCGUCUCUGCUGCCUCCGCUGCAUACAGACACGAGACCACAACUUUGCAACCACCUGCGUCUGCAGGGUCCCCAAGCACCUCAGGGAAGAGACGGUGAUAGAAUGUGUCCACUGCGGAUGCAAGGGGUGUGCCAGCGGCGAUUGA